UACCGUGGCGUGUGAGGAUAAGGUCAGUGACGGUGGUAUGGAACGAGCGGAAUGGAAUGCGGACGUGGGGCCAGAUGUUUGCUGACAUGGCAGAGGGCGGUGACGCGGGAGAAGGAGGCUACGAGAGAGCGUGUAGUCUGAGCGAGCUGCAGGCCGCGGGGAGAAAGAGAGUGACGGUACAGGGAAGAAUAGUUGCCCUCUUUCACGUCAGCGGUCAAGUGUACGCUCUGGACCAUUUCUGCUACCAUGCAGGUGGACCACUAGAACUGGGUGACAUCGAGGACAGUCAUGGUCGACUGUGUGUGGUGUGUCCCUGGCACAGACACAGCAUCACUCUGGACACAGGGGAGAGCCUCUAUACCUCCAUCAACCCUGCCAACCCCAAGGAAAAGAAAUACAACUCGCUCAAAGGGAGUUAAGCAAGUUAGAAGCUACACAUUCACUCUGCACACAUCGUAACUUAUUUGUGGCCAAGUUUCAUUAGUCCGGUGCAAACGUUCCAAAAGCAUGAAAUUGUCAGGUAGGUGUAGUUUUGCACAAUAUUAGUUCUUCAUGCCUAGGGAACAGGGCAUGGAAUGAUGCAUUGCACCAUACCUUGACUAACAACAAACUGCAUGUCUAGGAGGCUUUCUUUGUGAUAUAUAGUGGUGUCCUCUAUAAUGCAGAGAGUUCACCAUGUGAGAUUGGGAGGUGACUCGGUGUACCUGAAGCUGUCUGACCUGACCCAGCAGGUCGACUCUGACCGCUACUUCUCAGAACAGUACAAGAGUUCAUUAAAGGUGUCCUAGAGCAACCGAUAAUGAAGAGACCCCCGCUAAGAUAUCCAAUUCAUUCCUCCGGAAAAGAUCGCCGAAAAUAGUAACAUUUAUCAUUGUUUUUAUGGCCAUUUUAUAGUUCAAAACUGUUUAUAUAUUUACUGGAGUUUAUAUCAAUACACUAUUCGAAGAUAUACUUCAAGGCUUUUUGCUCACUGUGGCUGAUUUCUGGGUGCCAAAUGUCAAAAAUAAGCACCACUCGGUCCUCCACCUCUUGCCCUAGAUCUCCCCUGUGCUCCACACUGUGAACGAAAGAGUCGUCAAAUACCAACAGUCGCCAGUCUCCCAACUAGCGGUGAGCUCCCCAACUCUGAGACUGAAUCCAGCCGAGGCAUUGAGAGCCAGUGACAGCGGAGGCGAAAGUUGCAGGGAGAUGUGUGCGGCUCUAUCGCACUGCCCCGUCGCAGCACAGAGAAGAGAACAUUCCCGUAGACCACACCUUCCAUUAGGCAGCCACAGGACUCUAGAAGUCGUCUAGUUUGUGGACAGUGCGACGAUUUGUCCUCGUCCCAUGUUCCCUGGUCCAUGAGAAAAUAGGUCUUCCAGCUGCCAGAUGGAAGGUGGUUCUCCUUCCAGGUAUCUUUCAACUCUGACACGCUCCUGCACUCUUCCAGGAUUGCCUCGAAGUUGGCAGGGUUUUCAAAGAGGGAAAACAGACUUUCCGUGGUUGUAUUGGUACUUGCUGUCCAGAGUGGGUCCCGUUUCAGCCCAGGCAUCAUCCAUACGUGGGCCAGGUAGCGAGUCUGAACGUCUGGGUGUCCGGACUCUCUGUAGACAGCGCUGAGUAUCUCAUCCUUACGAUCGUGGCUUUCUAUUGUAGCCAGUAGUCUAGCGUAAUGCUGCGAGAGAUGCGUGGAGACUUCCUCGGCUUUUACGCCACAGUCUUGUAUUACAUGCUCCUCCAGUCUUCUCAAUAGUUUCCCCUUUAUUUCUUUUUCUCCGUGGCAUCUGGCACACGAGGGAGAGCUACAUCGACUUGUGCUGGUGCCUGCCGGCGGUUCUGAAGUUGACUGCCGAGAUCUCUUGCUCAUAAUGGCUAGAAUAAGUGCUCCAAACACCAGAGAUGAUACAAUGUAGGCGCUCCAAUCAGUCAAGAAAUCAAGAAACUCCAUUUCGGUUUUGCUGA